CUCACUGCCCACUAGUGGCCAUGGCAACAUCAGGAAGUUACCCUAUAUGGUCUAGAAAGAGGAGGCAUGAAUAAUCCACCCCUUGUUUAGCAUAUAAUCAAGAAAUAACCACAAAAAUGCGCAACCAGCACCCUCGGGGCUGCCCUGCCUAUGGAUUAGCCAUUCUUUAUUCCUUUACUUUCCUAAUAAACUUGCUUUCACUUUAUGGAUUCGCCUCGAAUUCUUUCUUGUGCGAGAUCCAAGAACCCUCUCUUAGAGUCUGAGAUCCAGACCCCUUUCCAGUAACAUAAGGUCUUGGACUGAAGUACUGACUCCACAGUCUUUAAGUAUCCUAGUUAUUUAAUAGUUGCGGUCUCGGGCUCUGGUUGGGCCGCGGUGGGUUCUGGGAAGUGUAGUUCGCCUGAGUCUCCAGUUCCUUGUCUCUGGGCGGUGUGUGCACGCCAGCGAGGCACUGUGGGAGUCGUAGUACGGGAGGAAAACCCUACACCCUCUCUCGCGGGCCGCAGGAGUUUGGGGGCAUCUAGUCGCUAAAGCCCUACAUAGUCUUCCGGCUUUGGGCGUGGCCGCGAUGCACUCUGGGAGUCGUAGUAGGGGAAGACAGUCCUCCGCUCUUUUGCGCAGGGUCGCAGGAGGUUCUGGGAAGUGUAGUUGCCUGAAGCUCGUGUUCUUUGUCUUUCGGUGAUGUGCGCGUGGCCUCAAGGCACCCUGGGAGUUGUAGUGGGGCGGGGAAAGUCAUUUGCUCUCUCAAGCGGGGUCGCGGUUGUUUCUGGGAAGUGUGGUUGCCUGAGUCCCGCGUUCUUCGUUUCUCGGCUGGUUGUGCGUGUGGCCGAGAGGCACGCGGGGAGUUAUAGGAACCGAAAGCCCUGUGUAGUCUUCCGCGGGGGGCCGCGGUUGUUUCUGGGAAGUGUGGUUGCCUAGGUCCCGAGUUCUUUGUUUCUAGGCUCUGGGAUGGGAGGAUAGCCCUAUGCGCUGGAGCGCGGGGCCGCGGUGCCUUCUGGGAGUUGUAGUUGUCCCAGGCCCUCGUUCUUUGUUUCCUCGCGCGGGAGCGCGGCGCUCUGGGAGAUCCAGUAGGAACGAAAACCGUAUGCCCUUGCGCGCAGGGCCGCAUUGGUUUCUGGGAAUUGUAGUUUCUUGAGGCAGGCGGCCUGGUGGGGUGACGUCCGCGAGGCUUCUGAAGACGCAUUCCUGCGACGCCCGCGGUGGGGCCCUCGGGGCGGCUCCGAGCGUCUGGCCUGUGUAGGCAAGGAAAGGAGCCCCCCGGUCUGCGCCGGAUGGCCCCGGGCGGUGACUCGGUCCGGAGCCCCGGAGCGCUACACCCACCUGGCCGGAAGCACAACGGAAACGCGCCGUCCUGUGGCCACUGUUAGGUCUGCCAUUUUACACUUUUCUGAUCUCCUCGGUCCCUUCUGUGAGCUAUGUCUCAGGGGUCAGUGACAUUCAGAGAUGUGGCCAUAGACUUCUCCCAGGAGGAGUGGAAAUGGCUUCAGCCUGCUCAGAGAGAUCUGUACCGAUGUGUAAUGUUGGAGAACUAUGGCCAUCUGGUCUCACUGGGUCUUUCCAUUUCUAAGCCAGAUGUGGUUUCCUUAUUGGAGCAAGGAAAGGAACCCUGGUUGGGGAAAAGGAAUGUGAACAGAGAUCUGUUUUCAGGUAACUGAAAUGAUGAAAAACUGCAGAUGAGAGGACUACUGUGAUUCCCAUUAUAGUUUCAGAGUCAAGUGGUGAGAUCAAAGACUUUUUACCAAAAAAUGUCAUUUAUGAUGACUCAUCCCAGUAUUUGAUCAUGGAAAGAAUUCUAAGUCAAGGCCCUGUGUAUUCCAAUUUUAAAGGAGGCUGGAAAUGCAAGGAUCAUACAGAGAUGCUGCAAGAAAAUAAGGGAUGUAUUAGGAAAGUAACAGUCUCUCAUCAAGAAGCCCUGGCUCAACAUAUGAAUAUCAGUACUGUGGAGAGGCCCUAUGGAUGCCAUGAAUGUGGAAAAACUUUUGGUCGACGCUUUUCCCUGGUGUUACACCAGAGGACUCAUACUGGAGAGAAACCAUAUGCAUGUAAGGAAUGUGGCAAAACCUUUAGCCAGAUUUCAAACCUUGUGAAACAUCAAAUGAUACAUACUGGAAAGAAACCCCAUGAGUGUAAGGAUUGUAAUAAAACAUUCAGUUACCUUUCAUUUCUUAUUGAACACCAGAGAACGCACACGGGGGAGAAACCUUAUGAAUGUACUGAGUGUGGAAAGGCCUUUAGCCGUGCCUCCAACCUCACUCGACAUCAGAGAAUUCAUAUAGGAAAGAAACAAUAUAUAUGUAGGAAAUGUGGGAAAGCAUUUAGCAGUGGCUCAGAACUCAUUCGCCACCAGAUUACACAUACUGGAGAGAAACCUUAUGAAUGCAUUGAAUGUGGGAAGGCAUUUCGCCGUUUCUCACACCUUACUCGACAUCAAAGCAUCCAUACAACCAAAACCCCAUAUGAAUGUAAUGAAUGUAGGAAAGCUUUCCGUUGUCACUCAUUCCUUACUAAACAUCAGAGAAUUCAUGCUGGAGAAAAGCUCUAUGAAUGUGAUGAAUGUGGUAAAGUUUUCACUUGGCAUGCAUCCCUUAUUCAACAUACGAAGAUUCAUACUGGAGAGAAACCCUAUGCAUGCGCUGAAUGUGAUAAAGCCUUCAGCCGGAGCUUUUCCCUCAUUCUACAUCAGAGAACUCAUACUGGAGAGAAACCCUAUGUAUGUAAGGUAUGCAACAAAUCCUUCAGCUGGAGCUCAAAUCUCGCUAAACAUCAGAGAACACACACUCUUGACAACCCCUUUGAAUAUGAAAAUUCAUUUAAUUACCACUCAUUCCUUACUGAACACCAGUGAAUUUACACUGCAAAGAAAAACUACGAAUGUAUGAAAUUUUUUUUAAAGAAGUAUAAUGCCUUACUUUUACUUCGGAGAAUUCUUGGAAAGAAGCCUUAUGUGAGAGUGAUGAAUGUGAAGUAAUAUGGCCCACAAUUUAUUCAACAUCCUGGAGGAAAAAAAUCCAGAAAUAUGUGGAAAAGCCAUUAAUAACCGCUCUUUUUCUUUUUUCUAAUAACAAGGUGAAAUCGAUAUUGUUGAGAAGAUUCUUCUUCCAUCUGGAAAUAUUGAGAAGACUUCAUUUGGUAGGAUUCCCUUACUCUACAUGUAUAAAUUCCUACCAAGAAAGAAUACAUAUCCAAUAGAUUGGAGAAAGCCAGAGAUUAUUAGCCCUCAUUCUGCAACUGUCAACCAGGACAGAAUGCAUGGGCAAGGGAUGAGCUUUACAAAGAUGUACUUUGGAGAUCAGGAUAUUCAUGUUUAAGUAAAGUGAUACAAACACAGUGAUUCGGGAAUGCCUUCAUUUACAAUGCAAUACUUAAAUUUUAAUACUCUCGUAAGAGAAAAAGCAACUGUAUAAAAGAAUGUAGAGUAACUGCAAUAUUUCAAACCUGUAUCAGAGAACUACACUGUGGGAAAACUACCAUUGUAACGAGUGUAGCAAAAUCAUCUUAGAUAUCUGAAAAAUCAUACUGGAUGGAAUCUGUGAGAAAGGGUUCUAUUUUGAGGGAAGGGGGAUUGCUUUUUGUUUUUUAAGUGAAUUCAGAAAAUGUUAUAAAUAAAUCUUUUGGUUUAUUAUAAACCUUCUGCUUGCUGAUUUUUUCCCACAGCAUGUGAUUCCGAAAGUGUAACUACAAUAUUGACAUAAAAAAAAAAGAGUAGUGUUUUUUUUGUUGAAACAUACAAACAUAACUAGAAGUGUUUUUAGGUGUUUUAUGGUUUUAACUUUCAGACCGAGUUUGGAUUUAAGGUAAUGCUAACUGACAGUUAUCCUUGAAUCUGACUAUAGACAGUUGUUAUUCAGUGUGAAAUAAGUAUAAAUAAGAUACAUCACAGAAAA